AUGGAUCCCGAGAACCGACAAAGAGGAAGGUUGAGGACCAUGAGGACCUCGCUCGGUCAUCUCUCCCGCGUCGACGGGUCUUCAAUUUUCCAAGCUGGCAUGACACAGGUGUGGGCAUCGAUCUCUGGCCCAGGAAACGCGCCAUCGAAUUUUCUCGAGCCCGACAGGAUUGCUUUUGAUGUCCAAUUUACGACAAACUUCGAUCAACAAAAGAACGAAAUUGUUGAUGCUUUUAUAGAACGCGUGCUAGAAAAAGUCGUCGAAUGCGAUCUACAUCCACACACAGCGCUCACGGUGUCGGCUCAAGUUUUGCAAGAAGAUGGAUCAAUGAUAUCUGCGGCACUCAACGCGAUAAGUUUGGCCCUUUUGGACAGCGCCGUCUCGUGCAACUCUGUGAUGUGUGGGGUUCAACUAAGCAAAGAUCAAGAUGGCAGGUUGCAUUUGGACCCAAAACGAAAAGAAGAAACGGGCGAUUUCAUCGUUUUUGCAUGCAAAGCAACACGUGAAGCCGGUGCAACAACGAUCUCAUCGCUAAAGUUUGGCACGUGGAACGAUGAGCUAAGCAAAGCUGCAGAAGAAAUGGCGCUUGCUGCUGCUUCAGAAAUUUUUGGAUUCUUCCGCGAAGCUUUCCAACGACAAUACAGAAAUGACAUUUUCAGUAAAUUAGCCGAUUUAUCUUUGACUGAAAGU